UUAAACUUACUGGAUUUUCUAGUGAAUAUAAUUUCAGCGACAGUUGGCGCUAUUGUCUUCAUAAGUAGUGGCCGUUAGAUGCACAUUAGUGACCACAGAGGAGAAAAGGCGGUAGAUUGGAAACGAUGAUGCUCCACUCUUUUAGUUGCUCCAUUGAUGGGGAGGAGAGCGAGAGAGAGUGGGUGUGAGGAGGCGCUGAAAUACUUGAAGAAAAGUAGCACGUGCUUUGGUUUAUUUUUCCAUCAUUCGUUCUGAUGGAUUUAUCAUAGUUCUGUCAUUAUAUUUUACUGAAUUUGUGCCUUUGUUGGGCCUAUUGCAAUGGACAGCACGGGAGAUGGGUUUAAGCGAACUUGAGAAACAGAAAUAAUAUGAACUCGAAAAAAUACGGAUCGGGUUUGAUCACAAUGAAUCGUAAUGAAGGAAGAGAAUCGUGUUAUCGUUUGCAUGAAUCCCAGAUUUCUACAGGAUGGAUGGGCCCGGAGAAUUCAACCGCUCUUUCGAAUCUUACUGAGGACACUACAUCCAGCCCAAAUCUUGAUGUAAUUACAUCUAGUCCAGAUCUUCAGUGGCUUCUGCAGUCCUCUUUAUUUUCCCAUUCAGAGGCCACCUUGGGAACAUUUUCCUCAUUCGCACCCACCACCAUGCCCAACUGCCCCUGUUUGUCACAGUGCUACAGUCCUGACCCGUCUUGGAAUGGAGCAGUGGGGGACAGUUCAGUAGGACAUGCUAACAAAAAUAUGUCCUCUGAGGAACUUGACAGGAUAAGGAUCCGCAGGGAAAGGAACAGAGUAGCAGCUGCCAGGUGUCGGGACCGUCGUCGUAUGCUUAUAGACACAUUACAGAAUGAGACGGAGCAUUUGGAACAUGUGAAGACACAACUAGAGGAAGAGAUCGCUACUCUUGAAAGAGAGAGAGAGAGGCUGGAGUUGGUUUUUGAGGCACACAUGCCCAUCUGCAAGUUAAAUGACCCAAACCCAGAAUAAUUACUGAUGCUGGUCAUGUUUAGUGCUGAGUCUGCUGGUUCAGAUCAGCUGUGAAUUAUAUAACAUAAUAAGCCUAUAUUUGUUAAAGUCAGUAAAAUGUUGCAUUGUAUUUCAGGGAUACCUUGAGGAUUAUUAUCUUGCAUGCACAAUUCGUUCGACUUGUUUUCAUAAUAAACCACAAUUUUAAAAUGUCUUUGUUACUCUGUCAAAUGUUUUUGGUGUAGCAACAGGUGUGGAGCUUCGUUGGG